AAUGUCCAAGCGGGUCAGAGUGGGAAGUAGCUGAGCCUAGAAAGCCAGCUGAGGUUGGACCAGGUGCAAAGGCCAAAGGAUGGGCGACCCGCUGCAGGAACGCACUAGACGGCUGCUGACUGACUACAUAUUGUUCUGCGCACGGGAACCGGGCACCCCGGAGCCACCGCCCACGUCUGUCGAGGCGGCCGUGCUGCGCUCUGUCACUAGGCAGAUCCAACAGAAGCACCAGGAUUUUUUUUCCUCCCUUCGCGACUACCAGGGCAACCGCCCUGAGCUGGUGAGAUGGAUGACAGGUAUAUUGUUCUCCAGUGACCGAGACUUCACCUGGGGCCACCUGGUGGCGCUCCUGGCCUUAGCGGGGACGCUUAUGAAUCAAGGCCCUUGCAGGACUGUCGAGCAAAGGAGGGAUCUGAGGAAUCGUCUCCAAGUGGACCAAGACUGCUACCUCACAGUGAACUUGCUGUAUAACCUGCUCAUGGACCGGCACCGCUCCUGGCUGGAGGCUCACGGUGGCUGGGAUGGCUUUUGCCGCUUCUUCAAGAACUCCUCACCACCUGACUUCUGGAGCAGACUGCUGAUUUGGGCUUUUCUGUCAGGCCUCUUUGCAACAGCCGUCUUUUAUAUCUGGAAACAUUUGUAA